AUGUACAUUAUGAUCAUUGGUGCUUCACCUGACCGAAGGAAUCCGCUCCACCGAGCAGCAAUUCACGGUCUCGCAGAAGUGGCGGGGCUUUUGCUGGCAGCCAAGGCCUCGGUAGAUGCCAAGAGCAAUGGUCGCCGGGGGCCUCGGGUCCUGGGAGAGACCUUGGAUAGAUUUCCUCCCAGCUCCGACCUGCUCCGGGCCGCUGGGCAGCCGCUCUCCGAGACGAAACUCCCCUCCACCACGCAGCGGCGAAUGGCCGCGGAGAAGUGGCGCGGCUUUUGCUGGGAGCCAGCGCAGCGGUGGAUGCUAAGAGCGGCUUUGGCCCGGGUCCUCGGGUCUGGGAGUUUGUGGGACGGGGAGAUCUUGGGCGCCUCGAAGGCCAUUGGGCUCCUUUGUGGCCUUGAUGAGAUUAGAAGUGAAACUCCACUCCACCAUGCAGCAGGAGAGGGUCGUGGAGAUUUGGUGCGGCUUUUGCUGGGAGCCAGGGCAGCGGUGGAUGCUAAGAGCGGCUGUAGCGAGACGCCGCUGGAUGCCGCAAGAAAUUCAGGCCACACCGAAGUUGUGAGGAUCCUGGAGGCGGCAGUUUCAAGCGAACAAGAGAUUCAGAUGGCCCGGAGCCAAGACAACUUCCACGCGAGCGGUUUUCGGUCUGAGUACUGGGAAGGCAAACAUCAAAGAUCAGCAUUCUAA